ACAAUAUUAACUCGAAGACGGUUUGGCCUCUCACACCCUUUUCCCGCCUUUUAGUUUUCGGGUUUUGUUUCCAUUUCUCGUUGCAGCAAAUCAAAUUCACAUUCCUCAUUUCCUCGCUCCACAGAAGAGUGAGUUACUCCGUAAGUGUGUUUCCUCCUUCGCGCAAAUCUCUAUUCACACUGCAGCCUGUUUCUACGAGCCGAUUCCCAAUUCUUCAAUUCCUCUCUCUCGGGUUUCUGCUCAGGUUAGUUAAUCACGUCCAUGCUUAGCGGGGAUUACAACUGAAAAUGGAUGCUGAAGCGCGUCAAUUUUUGCAUGAUGAGCGAACGAGUGGUUGUAGGAGUUUUGGCAGCAAUAUCCAUCCCUCUAGCCAGACAAGGAAAAUUUCUGUAGGAGUUAUGGCAGAUUCAAUUGGUAGCACAAGAAAUGGAGCCAUGAAAGGUGACGGGGCUGUCGUGCCAAAUACAGAAAGGGUAACCUCUAAAGUGGGAAAUUAUCCUGGAGAAAAAAGUCAAGUUGAAGGAGUGACACCUUCCUUUAAUAUAGAGCAAACUGGAGGUCCACAAGAGGUGAAGUGUUCUUGGAUCUCUAAAUCCUUUUACCAAAGAACACCUACUUCUGAGGCCAUUUUGCAAGCCAACCAAGCCUCUACUUUACUAGUCUCUCCUGGUGGCCGGGAUGAGCCUAAUGGGAUAGAGUCUGCAGCUGGGAAACAUAAGGUUCAGUUUUUCUCACAUCAGACUUCUGUUUUUGCUUCUAAUAAUUACAAGAAGUUUGAUGCGGACACUGCCAGAAUGAAGGGAAGGAAGGGCGGGACCACUGAAAAGGAAAAGGAAUUUACAUUUAGCACUGCACUGCAAGUCUUCAAGUCUGACAAAACCGACCCAGAAGACAAAAUAAAUAGAACAGAAAACAGAACUGAGAAUUUGAGGAUGAAACUUUGCCAAAUAUUGGGGACCACUUCUUCCCCUAAGAGUUGCCAUUCAGGUUCUCAUGCUCGUAACACGGAUGAGGAAUGUUUACCACUUGAGCAGCGUUUGUACCAGAAGGAAAAUAAAUCCACUAAGACCAUACAAAAUUCGGAUACUAUAGAAACUGAUUCAGAAAAUCCUGAUUGUACUCCUCAGAGGCCAAUAACUCGUUCUUUGAGCAGAAAGAGAACGUCUUCCAAAAAGCAACUGGGAAAAGAUAAAAGUGGCCCAUCUUCAAAAAACACAGAGAAGCAUGGAGAGAAAACUAUAUUCUCUUUUGAAGAAAAAUGGACUGGAAGGCAAGAUGCUUUUCCAAAUGAUGGUUCCUUGAAGAAAAAGAGUCAAAGAAAGAAUUCCAAAAUUGGGAAAAAUAAGAUCUGCUUAACUGAAAAUGACACCAUAGAUAAACUUCAUCAAGACACUUCGAAGACUGAUCUACCAUUGCAUGACAUGACAACAUUUUCACUUGGGAAGAUAGCUGGGGGAUAUAGCUCACCUGAAUAUCAGACAAAAUGCCCUCAGACAGAGAACAUAAACCAAGGAAAAGAAUUUUACCAGCUACCAAUAGUAAAUACAGAUCAGCAUGGAGAACUUGAGGUUUCAGAAAAUGGAAACCAGCAAGAAUGUAGAAGUAAUCCAGUUAUACAAAACGCUGCUGCCAAGUCACAAGAUGAUUUUCCAAGUCCUACUUUUCAACCUAAGUCACCUAUUUUAAGUUUUUUUCCUGACUCAACACCGAAAACAGGCCAAAAGGAAGAUGAUGUUAAUAGUCCAGCAUCAACUGAAAGGACAUUUUCUCUGGGAAGCGUUCAUACCCAGGCUUCAGAGCCAGACUUCAAUGGGCUAGGAGAACAAAUGCAACUUUCUGAUAUGGAAGAGCUCAAGUCUUUUAUUCCCAGAAAAGACAAAUCUUCUGAGACAGAGGAAAAAGAGCAGGGAGGUGGUUCAUCUGAUUCAUCAUCUGAAGAGCACAACUUUCAAGGAUAUCAUGAAGGUUCAAAAGUUAGACAUGCUUCCGAGAGGAAAAGUUUUGCUCUUCAUCCCAUCAAAAGGCUGUGCAAGCAAGAAGGCAGUAAAUUUAAUAACAAGAGUCCAGCUUCAGUGUCUUCAAAAGGGAUAGGAGACAGUGAUUGGAUAGAUGAAGCUUCUGAGCAGAAUCAAGAUGGGUUUGUAAGGGCUGUUGAACUGUUAGCCUUGGAAUUGGGCAAACUUCAGAGCAAACUUAAGUCAAUGACAAGUCAGAAAUCCUCAGAAAUUUUGAAGUCUGUUGCUGAAGAAAUACAUCUGCAGCUGCAGAAUGUUCAUUCCCAGAUUCAGACAGACAUGGGAAAGCUUACUAGUCUCGGUAAAUCAAAGAGAAAACGGCUGGAAACAAGAUUUGAAGAUCAACAGAAACAGUUGAGGUUAAUAUACAAUAGAUUCAAGGAAGAGGUUAAUCAGCAUCUACAGGAUUGCAGGAGCACUGUUGAAGAUCUUGAAGCAGAUCGGAUAGAGAUCAAGAGAACCAUGGAAAAGCAAAGAGUAGCACAUAAGAAGCUUCUGUCGCAAGUUGAAGCAGCAGUGCAGAUCCAACUUGAUGACGCUCAAAGGAAAAUCACAUUCACACAAGAGAAUGCGAGGGGGAAACUUCUACAAUUGAAGCAGGUUGUAGCUAUGUGCUUGAAAGAGGAAAUACUAAAUUGAUAUGAUUUUUGCUGAUUCUCUGCAAGUUAGGAAACUUUGCUCAGAAGGAAGUGCACCUUGAGAUUUCGCUAGAUCCUUAGGACUAAUCAUUAAAGAUUACUCUGUACUUAAUAUUAUGCCCCCCUCCUCUUCUUUUAAGUACAUAGAAUAGAUAAUUUGGCCGAGUUCAAGUAACAUCACUUAAAUUUUCCUUUAUCAAACUCGAAUUCUGGGUCUAUUACUGUGUGUGAUUUGUAGGAUAGAAGACAUCCUCACGUGCCAUUGAGAAUUGAGAUUUUUUUUUAUUUCCUCAGUCAUUUUCUGAUUUCCCAA